CAAUUCCCAGAAUGCACUUGAAGUUAACUGUGGAAAGGGGGAAGGGAAACUGAGAUUGGAGGGAGUGAAACUGAGAUAUCCAUGACAACCAGGUUGACAUAGCAUGACAUGAGUGCCCCCUAUUGGUUAGAUCCUGUCAAGGAGAAGGCCCACUCCAACUCUGCAAGACUUCAAGACUCGCCCCAUCUGGGUUUGAACAUUGUUACAUCGUGGAUGUGAGGUGCCAACAUUGAGUGUCAAAGCAAUGAAGCGGCUGGGAAAGAAAGAGGCCAUACCAGACCAGCAGUGUCCAUACCCAGCCCUGCAGCCCCUCUAAUGGGGCAGGAUGCACAACAAUUUAAUUCAAUGAGAUCAACCUGUUGACUCUAGUCUGGACCAAGAGAGAGGAAGGAAGGAGAAGUUCGAAAAACAGUAGUUGUGGAAAGGGACACAGACAACAUGAGGGUCUUCCCAAUAGCACUUUUGACCACCUUAGUCUGAGAAAUUAGGCUUUAAAGAACAGGGAUUACCCACUCACACAUACAUAGACUCACACACUCAUGCCAUGGAAGAGGACAGCGGUGUCACAUCACACACGGAGGGUCUGAAUGGUGUGUCCCAUGAAUGUAAAGAGACAGAGGAGCUAACCAAUGGCCACUUUAACCACAAACCUGUGAUUAAUGGACUGACGCCAGGCCAUAGUGUCAAAGAGCACGCCAAUGGCAGUUCACUGCUCAAGUCUCUGCCAAUUUCAGCUCUGAAGCAGAAUGGCCUUCUGCAGUCCCUGGCUACAGGAGGAGAACAACCCAAGACUGAAGAGGAGAGUGCGGAGGUGGAGCAGGCUCGAGAGGAGUGGGAGGCUCUAGAGAGUAUCCAACCAGUGGUCAGUGAGGAGUCCAGUCCUACUCCUCUCAUCUCCUUUAAUGAGGCGUUGCAGCACUUCCAGACCACAGACCUUGGCGAGGUGCUGAAGAACAUCCAGCCCACCAUCCGUAGGACGGGUCUGGCCGCUAUCACACACUUCCUGUUCGGCCCGCCACGAAUUCAACGAGAACUACUGGAGGAGAGGGACCUGGUCUUCGCCAUCGCACAGUGUUCUUUGGAUAACAGUCAGGCUGUACACAUGCGUGUUCUACAGACCAUCUAUAAGAGGCUGACAGGCAGCAAGCAGGACUGUCCUCGGUUCGGCACCCACUGGGAGAAUGUGGGCUUUCAAGGUAUGGACCCAGCCACAGACCUGCGUGGUACAGGUUUCCUGGGGCUGAUGCACACCCUGUACCUGGUGAUGGACCCUGAGACUCUGCCUCUAGCCAGAGACAUCUACAAGCUGUCCCAACACCCCACACAGAACUUUCCGUUCUGUGUGAUGUCCAUCAACAUGACCCGCAUCGCCCUGCAUGCACUCAGAGAAGAGGCCCUCUCCAAGGAGUGUAACCGUCGACAGCAGGUAGUGGGGGUGUUGAAUGAGUUCUUUGUUGCCACGUUCUUGCACCUCUACCAGCUUUGGAAGAGCCAGCAGAAGACUAUCUCUGACUCUGGCUUCGUCCUCAAAGAAGUGGAGCUGUUUGCCAAAAAGAACCCCAAGCAGAUGCUGCGUCGGCUUGACGUCUUCCUGAGGGAGAGAAGGUCGGGCAGCGCACCCCGGGCCUCCCCAGACCCCACGGCCCAGCAACCCUCACCCUGCCUGGGGGAGAGAGGGGCCAGGUCUGAGGGAACCAGGGGCAAGGAGAUGCACUUCACUGGAGUGUGUGAGCUGACCCCAGACAUGGAGGGAGAGGCCAGGCUCAUCUGAGACAUAGGGAGAGAUAGAGAGAGAGUGAGAAAGACUAUGUGAGUACAGCUAGACUACUCUGAGCUGGAAAGAGAGUGUGUGUCUGUUUGUGUGUGUGUGUGUGUGUGAGACCAAAAGAGAAUGAGGACCCCACCAAGCCCUGACCCCACUACUAUGUGGUACAUACCCAUUGAUGCUGUAAAGCUGCUCUCAGAUCAGUUUGUAUGGGAUCCCUUUUCUCCCAACAGAAGUACAUGAUGGUGUGGCAGUCAGAUAACACUAAAUCACAGACAUGGGACUGAUGGAUGAAUAGAAGAUGUCAUUAAAGAGGAAGAGAGAGUGAAUGAAAUAUUAACGUUUUCUCUGGGUCUAGUGCAGGGACAGGCAAUUUUACCAUACAAGGACACACCUGAUUCUUCUACUAAUCAUCCAAUCAUAGUCUUUAAUCAAGGCGUCGAUAAGUCGAAUCAGGUGUGUUUCAGCUUGGCUGGAGCCAAAGCCUGCAGAGUAAGAAUGCUCACCCUUGGUUUAUUGAAUAGCUGCCAAGCCCCAGGGCACCGAUCUGUCUAUACGGCCCUAGUAGAGUUCUGGAAAGCCAUAGUGUGUAUGUCUGUUUUCUACUGUCAGCAGAACCAAGCCUGGGUGUGUGUGUGUGCUGGGUAUGAAGGUAAAGGUCUGUGUUGGCUAUAGGGAGUUGGAACAGUGAGCAAUGUGUUUGUGUGUGUAGUCAGGCUUAUGUGUGUGGUGGGUCUGUGGGCUCCGAUGGUUCUUGUCUCCAUCUCCCAGUGCAGGUUGAAUAGGCCCAGAGCCCCCCUAUUGUAUGGGGGAUAUAUUUUUUAAUAAUUUAAAAACUAUUUUAGUCCUUUCCAAAGGGAUAGCUGUCAUGACAAUAGAUGAGAUUAUACUGUAUAUGAAAUGAUAUUAUAUGGAUAAAGUACUUGAUGGUAUUUAUAAAAGUGAGAGGAAUUUAUUAUGCUAAGAAACUCAGGAUGAGGGUUAGAGUUGUUAAGCCCAGUUCAAAUACAUAAUGAGACGCGACGCAACUGUCUUUAAGGUGAACUCAGCAAAAUGACAUUGCCACGUGCAGCAACGAUUUCAAGACUUCGCGCUCGCCACAGUAUCUGCGCACGCGCACAGGUUCGCUUCAGGCUGUUGGCGCGUGGUAGCCACAGGACCAAAACAACGGAGAAAUUGAGCCUCAUUGCGUUAGUUGUUGCGGAAAUUUACCCACUAUGCUGUUUACUUUCUGCAUCUACGUCAUACCGCCGAGUUUACCUUUAAGGUGUUUUAGAACUAAGUUUGUUUGAUAUGAACGGUGUCGUUUUAGAACGUCUCAGGUCGUCGCCUGCAGUUUCAAAGAUUCAACAUGACAAAGCUUUAGCUAAAGUCUUGCUACCGAGACUGAUCCAUUUAGCCAAUCAGAGAAAAGUGCGCUAACGUUCUGUGUUCAGCCAAGCGACAAUUAGCUAGCUAUGUUGCUGCACGUAGCUAGCCUAGCUUGCUGAUACAGUAUUUAUCUGGCAAGUCAUAAAAUGCACCCUGUUUCUUGUGCGUGUAUUUUAGGACACUCGUUUGCUACAAGUGGCAACUUCGUUUCAAAGUUUCAUCACGUCAUUAUAAAGAGGCACUGUUGCUGUGGAAAAGGUCUCAACUGCACAUCUCGUCUUGAUCUGAUUUCCCCUUCUUUAGUCAGCUGUUGUACAACAUUCUAAAAUUAUCUACUUGUUAUCUCGUCGUAUCUGAACUGGGAUUUAGCCUUCGUCUCAAAUAUGUUUUAGUAGGCCCUAUAUAAUGUUCUACUUUUGAUCAUAUGCCCUGUGUUUCUCUGGUCAAAAGUAGUGUAUUACAUAAUACACAUGGUUUCAUUUGAGAUUAGCAUUUAGACAGGUCAGUCAAGCCAACAGUUGACUAGCCAUGGAUUAGCAGAGUGUGUUGGUGGGCUGGUUUAGUCAGACUAGUGAUUGAAGUCUGCUGGAAGCUUUGUACAUACAUUCCGUUAUAGAGCAUCCAACCGGAGUUGUUUGACCAAUGUAAUCGUCUGUGGGUUAUCUGACUAAAUGGAUUGUGCACACAAAUUACACCUUUAGCUAAUCUCAUGGAUAUCUAGAAUGAGCUAAAGGUUAGGGUGUCCAUAGACAAUGUGGUAUUGUUAUGAUGGGGAACACUUGUGAUUUGGGAGAAUUUACUCCUUUGAAAUUAUAAGCUGAUAGUGAUGAUAACAGUGAAGGGUGUCUCUAAGAAGGUGUACCGUAUGCAAUCCCAAUUCUGUUAUGGAUAAUCAGUAAUAAUAGUGUUGUAUGAUGAGGGAAAUCCUUCCUUAUUUCAGGGUGUGUGUGCUUGUGUUUGUGGGGAAUGGUACAGUAUGGCAGGGGAGCAUAGCUCUGCAGUCUCAAUCAGUAGCAUGUUCAGGUAGCACUAGUACUGUAGCAUCCGAUAGCAUCCUUGUUGUUUUACCUUCCUUGUAGAAUUUGUUGCUCUUGGUCAUGUCUCAUUUACAGUCUUUAGUGUCAGUGAGUGGUUCAAGCUGUUACUAUAGGACAUUCACCCCCCCCCCCCUUCUACAAGAGACACACACAUCUCAUUAGUGGAGCUACUCAGUGGAUGAAUGUUUUUGAGGUACUUGUAGAUCUUCGAAGCCUGUUCUUAAAUAUGAUCUUUGUCUUCUGCUCUGAAAGCAGAACAAGUAGGAUGGGGUCAUUUGAACCAUACUGUAGAAUUACAGUGACGUCAUUCUGUGAGUAGGAUGCUGCUUGUGUUCCAGAUGGUUCUAUUGUGUCUGCUUGCCCAGAGGAUGUCAUGUUACCCUCUAAGGGAAGCCUAUAAAAUUGGAUGUAUCACUGUGUCAGGGGUUAUCUCCUUUGAGGUAAAACAAACCCAUUCAAUUUAUUCUAAAAUAUACACAUUACAUAAACAUCUAUAAACAUGGACAUUAUCAGCUCCUAUACAUAGCCUACCUUGUUUUAUUGGGUUAUUUCCAAGCACAUUACUCUCCACAUCUACCCCCUAUUUUUUUUAAAGGAAUUCGUGCUCAUUAUUUUGCCAAGUGUAUGUGUUUUUUGUAUCAGCAAAAUUUGCACUCUUAUAGAAUGUUGGAGGUGUGUACAGUGUGAGUGUUGCUAGGUGGCUGAAUAUUAUGCUUUGUCUGUGUUGUGUUUUCAGACCGGCUUAAAGGAACAGGGCUCUACUCAAUAUCUCAUUGUAGCCAUAAUCUUAUCAUAGCCCUCUUUAAUCUGAAAUAAUGGACUAAAGUCAAUUUUAUAUAUUUUUUAUUUAUUUAAAAAGGCAAGUCAGUUAAGAACAAAUUCUUAUUUACAAUGGCAGCCUACCGGGGAACAGUGGGUUAACUGCCUUGUUCAGGGGCAGAACGACAGAUUUUUACCUUGUCAGCUCGGCGAUUCGAUCCAGCAACCUUUCGGUUACUGGCCCAGCGCUCUAACCACUAGGCUACCUGCCACCCCGUCAAUAAUUUAACUGAACCUGCAUUUCAGAUCGUGAAGAUACACAUAUAAAGUUAUUUUUUUGUUCUAUUUUAGCAGAGGGGCUUGUUUCAGUUCAUUGUGUGAAUCAGGAAGUUUGUACAGAAGGUGAUUGUAACUAUAUGAUUGUCAGUAGGGCGUUCUAUUGAAACACAUUGCUUACCACAAGACUUGAGACAAAUCUUCUUUCUCUUCUUUGAAUGUCUGUUAAGGACAAUGGCUUCUCACUUCAUAUAAUGGCAGAUUGUAUCUUUUCUCUUUCCUUAGUUAUACACACUCCCUCAUACACAGCUUGGAUGUCAAAUGUCAUGUAUAUUCCACACCUGAAACACUAGUGAACUAACACUGAAGCUGGUAGGUCUAUGUACUUUAUUUCAAAUGACACAGGCCCACUAUAGGCCCAACCACACGCUUAGAUCCACAUAGCUUUAUGUCAGCUUGACUGCAGAUCCUCUCUAAUGGAUUUUUGAACAAUCAUUACUGAUGUUGACUAUGUUAAUGAUAAGCUAAUUUACUUGUCGCUUCGACGGUAUCCACUUUCUUGUGUGUAUUAGUGAUUGUUCCCACCUUUGACCAUGUCAGGUAAAAAAAUGAGAAAUAACAAUGAUAUUAGUUUCUGAUCGUACAGAAAAAUUGUGUUGCUUCUCCAAAUUUGAUUUGCAGUCCUAAAUCAAGGUCUUGGCUUGAAAUUUGCACCAGUUAUGUCAUAUUUUGUUUUCAACAGUUAGAUCUCAGUUCAAAACCAAGAGAAAACGGGUCUUAAGCAGGAUGCAAGGUACUCUGAAAUGAGUGGUCUGAAUCUCUGCUUUGUCGACAACAAAUCAUUUCCUGAAUCCCCUGCGCUUUAUAUGAAGAUGUUCUACUGUUGCUUUUGUUGUCUUUUUUCCCUGAAAGCAUUUUAUGACUGUACCUUAAUUGUAGACGCCCUAUUUUAUAAUGAGAGUUAUUUCAGAAAUGUGUGCCGUUGUACAGUAAGAUGUAUGUUAUGGAGAAACCUAAAUAAAUGCAAUUGAAAACA